AUGGUCAAUACCGAGGCAUCUUCCGUUAUUCAAGACUACAUACCAUCAGCGUCAUCGCCAUCAUCGUCGUCACCAUCAUCGUCGUCACCAUCAUCGUCGUCACCCUCAACAAUGUCAUCCCCAGCCUCCGCAAUGCAAAUCCGCGCCGAGAACGCCGAGCAAGAAAACGCUGAGUUGAAGCGAGACCUCGAGCUCGCCAACAAGAAGAACGAAGACCUCGCGGCAAAGCUGGAAGCGACGGAGAAAGAGCUUGCAGAGUACAAGCAAGCUGAGACCGACCGCGAGAACGAGCGCAAGAAGGUUGAAGCCGACAAGAAGGCGGCGCACGAUGCUGGAGUUGCUCGUUGGAAGGAUGCGGCGGUAUCUGGGGCUAGUUUGGGUGAACAGUCGCAAGCAUUCGUGGGUAAUGGGGCUCCGAAACUCAGCCUGGAGGAAAAGUCGGCCGUGUGGUUGGCGAAGUAUGGGAAGAAGAAGUGA